GGUCGUUUUCAGUCACCCAAUCGAAGCUAUAAUUGGCCAAUCAUUGAACGCUGAGGUCGUAUAUCAUUUGUUAUCAACCAAUGACAUCUACGCAUCACGCAUCUUGGUAGCCAAUAAUCAUAGAAGCGAAUUGAAAUGAAACGGAAUAGUCGCAGCAGCAACAAGGGGCGGCAGCAGCCGACGGCCGGAGGGUCCGCGUCAGCCAGGAAGACUUGGUUCGAUGACUCUACCAUUGCCCUGGUUGCGAUGGCUCAAGAUCGGGCGCUGAAGGCGAAGGUUAAAGGCAGCAAAGGCGGCGAUGAUCGGAAGGAAGCAAGGCAACGCUCAUCGCAGCUGUCAACGAGUUCGGACACCGUCGGAGUGUCGUUCGCUGGAGCGGCAUUCCAAGCCGACUACUUUGCGUCCAAGUUCACCAAACGAGGGCAACUCGUCUACACCAUACUUCACGACGUGCUCUCCAAGAGUCCACAUGUGCUGCCACCGUCAGAAACACUCGCGGUGGCCUCGUUCGGCGGCGGGCCAGGGACCGACGCGGCUGGCAUCGUGUGGAUUCAACGAGAGCUUUUUCCCACGUCGUCCGUGCAUUGCGUCUUGUUCGACUACGAAACCUCGUGGAAGCGCUACGUGAAAACCUUGGACGACCUGUACGGCGACGCAGUGUCGGUCUCGUUCGCCCCUUGCGACGUGACCCACCCCCUGGACACGGAACCGAAUCGCCACGUCAGCGAGAUUGAGACCAUGGACAUCCUUCUCUUCUGCUUUGUGUGUCAUGAGACGUCCGCCCGGCAGCGCAACCUGCAGUUCUACCUGGAUGUCGCGAUCGCAGCCAAGGUGGGGGCACUUGUGAUUCUCGCGGACGUCAAGACCAAAUCCAAGGAAUGCUUGGAGCAAGUAGCGAUCGCCAUGGCAAGUGUCCGGCGCAUCCAACGCUUGAGGCUGUCCAAGGCACCCACGGCCGAAGCGGUAGUUUUUCGAAUUGAAGCGUAACGGUUGAAUACACAGUUACAGUACUCGUGCG